AUGAGUUUGGUUGGCAAAGUCGUUAUUGUAACAGGAGCGAGUUCGGGCAUUGGUGCUACCACGGCGGAGGCCUUUGCCAAACAAGGUGCCAAAGUGGUGCUCGUCGGACGAAAUGAACCAAAUUUGAAAGCAGCUGAAACGGUCUGUAAAGCAGCGAACAGUAAAGCGGAACUUUUAUCAAUCACCGCUGAUGUCACAGUGGAUGCGGAACGCAUUAUAAGCUCUACAAUUGAACGCUUCGGUCAACUGGAUGUUUUGGUUAACAAUGCUGGUAUUUUUGAAAUUGGCAACAUUUUGGAUAUUGAUGUCGACCAAUUUGAUCGUGUUUUCAAUACAAAUUUGCGUUCCGUCUUUCUUUUAACUAAAUUGGCCUCACCACACUUGAUCAAGAGCCAAGGUAAUAUCGUGAAUGUCUCCAGCGUCGCGGGUUUGCGUUCUAUACGUGAUGUUUCCACCUAUUGUGCCUCAAAGGCAGCACUCGAUCAAUUCACUAGAUGUAUCGCCUUGGAUUUGGCGCCGAAAAAUGUCCGCGUAAAUUCUGUUAAUCCGGGUGUUAUUGUGACUGAUAUUCACAGACGUAUGGGUUUAUCGCCGCAAGAACUUGAUGACUUCUACUCACGCUGUAAGGAAACACAUCCACUUGGUCGUAGCGGGGAACCAAAGGAAGUGGCCGAUGCUAUUAUUUUCCUUGCUAGUGACAGCUCUAGCUUCAUAACGGGAGCAACUCUGCCCAUCGACGGUGGUAAACAUGCCGUUUGCUCUAUUUAA